GUCAUUGAGUUUUGUCAUAAACCACAGAAUGAGUAAGGUACAUCUUUCUAAAGAUGAACUGUCGGAGAUACAAAGGACGACUUCUUUAACGGAGGCCCAAGUACUUCGUUUGCACAAGAGUUUUGUAAAGCUUGAUCGAAACAACACCGGUUAUCUUUCUUGGAAAGAGUUUAGCUCCACACUGGCGUUGGAAUCGAAUCCUUUAGUAGGUCGUGUUUUUAUGGUGAUGGAUAUGAAUGGUGACAAAAAUCUACACUUUACAGAAUUUGUGAAAGCAUUCUCAGUCUUUUCCUACCAAGCCGAUAAAAAGGAAAAGCUUCAUUUUGCCUUUAAAAUGUAUGAUAUUGAUGGAGACGGUAAAAUCAGCAAUAAAGACUUAUAUCAGGCACUACGAAUUAUGGUCGGUGCUAAUUUGACGGCCAUGCAGCUCCAGCAGAUAGUGGACAAAACUUUCAUUGAAGUUGACACCGAUCGUGAUGGGUAUAUUACCUUUGAGAACUUUGAAACCCUAGCGAAUAGCGGUCAUUUCUUGGAUCGUUUGAAUUUGAACUUUUGAUAGGAUUCAAACUUUCCAUUAGCGGUAUAAUUUUAUUUUUAUUAAAAUUGAAUUAAUAUGCUUCACCAUGUUGCUUUUGUUUUCCCUUUUCAUUUAUUCGAAAGUUUGCAUUUUCGUUUAGUGACUUACUUAAUUUAUCUCUACCGAAUAGGAAACGAGAUCUGAUCGUAUAUAUGUAUAUAUAUAUAUAUAUAUAUAUCUGUAUUUAUAUAUUUAUAUUAAAAUGGAAAAAGGAAAAAUAUAUUGCUUUUACUGAUGCUGAACUUUGGGUAGCUCUCGGGUGGCUACUAUGA